AUGUUUUGCGCAACCAACAUAAUAUCUAAGAAUACACUUGACCAGCCAGAAAUAUUUUCCAUGGACAGUUCUAGUAGUGGUGACAGUGGCAGUGGCAGUAGUCUGGAGAAAGAAACGUCCUCCGACAGCAGUCUGGAAAAAGAUCACUCUGUGACAAGUCGCAUCACGGAUUACGAUACCUCGGAUGAUGAAAAUGCUUCCGCCAUUGCCAUUUCUGGUGGAACGCCACAAAGAGACUCCAAAGUUAGGUUCGAUUCCGUCGAAGUCCGAGAAUAUCCAAUCAUCCUGGGUGACAAUCCAUCCUGCCGUCAAGGUCCUCCCAUCACCAUUGGGUGGGAACCAAAGUCGGACGUCUUCACUCCAGUCGACGAAUUUGAAAAACUGCGUUCAGAGGAACGUCACAGCGAUCCUGAUGAAAUGUUUGUAUCCUCCUUUAACCGAAUUGAUAUUUUGAAGAAACUGGGAUUUUCCAGACGGGACAUUAAAAAAGCAAGCUCCAAAGCCUCCAAACUUCGGAAAAAACGCGAUGAGACCAGCCAACAUGAACAGAAAAUUGAACCCUUGCGUCAGUUGAAGGAUCGGACAGUGGAAUUGCUGUCUUGCAAGAAGACUACACGAGAAUCCUCGCCGCUGCGUUCCAAUGACGUGCAUGCUUAUGAAGACGUAGCAGUGUAA